AUGGAGAGAUUGUAUUCUGAUCAUUUCCCUAUAUCGUUAUCUGGGAAUGUGAGGCGUGCUAGAAAAAAACCUUUUAGGUUUGAAAAGAUGUGGCUUAAGGUAGAUGGUUUUGGGGAACGAGUACGGACUUGGUGGAUGUCUUAUGACUUCAGGGGAUCUCCCAGUUAUGUGUUGGAUUGCAAAUUGAAAGCGUUGAAAAUAGAUCUAAAGAGGUGGAAUGAGGAAUUGGUGGGAGAUGUUAACCAUUGCAAAACUCAAUGCUUAUCGGUCAUUGAGGAGCUGGAUAGGAGGGAGGAAAGUAGAGGACUGACAGGGGAAGAGAGGGUGACACGAGGAGAAUUAAGGGAAGAAUUGGAGAGGUUGGUGGAGAUGGAGGAGAUUACUUGGCGUCAGAAAUCUAGGAUCAAGUGGUUGAAAGAGGGGCACAAAUGCACCCGCUUUUUCCAUAGGGUUGCGAACUUCAAUAGGCGCAACAAUUCUAUUAAUAUGUUGAAGGUAGAAGGCGUUACCUUUGAGGAUCUACAUGAGAUCGGGACCCAAAUGGUAAGCUUAUAUCAGAACCUGUAUCAGGAGCAGUUUGACUGGAGGCCAGAAUUGGAAGGGCUUGAGUUUUCUUCUAUAUCUGAGGAGGAAGCCAGCUAG